CGCAAGGUUCAGCUUUAGCACUUGAAUUCUUUUUAGGUGAAAACCUUUGACCCAUCCAACUUCCUGAUGAGCAACUCUGUUUUUAAGUUUUAAUAAAAUGCAUAAUGGUCAGCAUUUCCCAUCCUCUCAUGGUGGUGGCAAACUAAAAAUUGACAAAAAGGGAGGGCGGUGAUGUGGACUUCAAUCAUUCACUUUCUUUACAAAAGCCCCUAUAGUUUUAGAGAAGUUUACAACUUGUAAGACCCCAAAAAGAGCGAGAGAGAUGGCAGAGAGCUCUGGUUACAAGGAGUAUGUAGCUGGCAUGUUGGCUGGUGUUGCUACUGUUAUUACCGGUCAUCCUUUUGAUACUGUCAAGGUGAAGCUGCAAAAACAUAAUACUGAAACUCGUGGGAUUCACUACAAGAAUGGAUUGCAUUGCACUGCAAGGAUACUAAGCACCGAAGGAGUUAAGGGACUCUACAGAGGAGCAACGCCAUCUUUUGUUGGCAUGGCUUUUGAGAGUUCGCUUCUUUUUGGCAUCUACUCCCAAACAAAACAACUUCUGCAGGGAGGGCUACAAAGCCAUGGGCCAGUACCCCAAGUAAUAAUUCCUUCUGCAGCUUUUGGUGGAUCUAUUAUCAGUUUUGUUUUGUGUCCGUCUGAGUUAGUGAAGUGUAGGAUGCAAGUGCAAGGUACAGACUCUUUGGUUCCAAACUCCAGAAGGUACACUAGUCCUCUUGAUUGUGCACUUAAAACUGUAAAAAGUGAAGGGGUUACAGCCAUUUUUCGUGGGGGAUCUACAACAUUGUUAAGAGAAGCUUUGGGAAAUGCAGUCUUUUUUAGUGUCUAUGAGAAUGUUCGUUAUUACAUGCAUUUACAACUUAAAGCUGCCUCAUCUGAUCACAGCAAUUUGAUUGACAUGGGAAUUGGGAUUGUGAGUGGUGGUCUUGGAGGUGUAGCUUUCUGGUCAGCUGUUUUGCCUUUGGAUGUGGCGAAAACUAUCAUCCAGACUGAUCCUGAUAAAAAUUCUACUAGAAAUCCUUUUCAGAUACUAAAUUCGAUUUACAGGAGAGCUGGAUUGAAGGGAUGCUAUGCAGGAUUAGGUCCUACAAUAGCAAGGGCCUUUCCUGCUAAUGCAGCUGCAAUUGUUACCUGGGAGCUAGCCAUAAAAUUGCUAGGAAUCAGGCAUAACUAGGAUUGUAUUCCAUCUACCUACAAGGUGCUUCUAACUUUUGCUUCUGUUAUUAGCAUGGAGGCCUAUAUUUAUCACAGGGCUCUUGACGUUUAUGUUAUAUCAGAGCUAAAUUUUUAUGAAGAGUGAGUACUCUGACCAGUUGAAGUGAUGAUUCAAUAUUAGAGUGGUUGGACAAACAAAUGGCAAUGGAGCUGUGUAUUUUUUCCCCUUAUUGUCAGGGGCCAUUUUUGCUUGACCUAUUUUCACAAUACAGAAAGGAUUUUGGAAUUGUUUGUAAUCUGGCUGUGGAUGCCCUGUCUUAGCCUGUUGAACUUUGUCAUAGCAAUUUAUUAUGUGAUUUUUUGCUUCA